AUGGCCAAGCCGAAGUCUCCAAUCGGGAAAAUCAAGCGCAUAUUGGAAAAUAUUGUAAAGCCUCAUAGGAGGGAUUGGAGCUCUAAGCUUGGAGAUGCGCUUUGGGCCUAUUGGAUGGCUUACAAGACGCCGAUCGGUAUGAGCCCGUUCCAGUUGGUCUAUGGGAAGGCUUGCCAUCUUUCGGUGGAGGUAGAGCAUAAGGCUUAUUGGACCGUAAAAGAAUGCAACUCAGGUUUUGGGGGGGCCAGAAUCGAAAGGAAGUUACAGUUGGUGGAGCUUGAGUGUCUUCAGUUGGAAGCCUAUGAGAAUUCGAGGCUCUACAAAGAGAGGAUGAAAGCGGUGCAUGAUAGAAACAUCAAAAGGAGAGAGUUUAGGGCUGGGGACCUAGUCCUCCUCUAUAACUCAAGAUUGAGGUUGAUGCCAGGCAAGUUAAGAUUAAGGUGGGAAGGACCUUAUAGGGUGGAGAAAGCUGAGCCAUAUGGUGUCUUCCAUUUGAGUCACCCUUCAAGCCCCACAAUUCUCAAGGUUAAUGAUCAUCGUCUGAAGCUUUACCAUGGAGAGAAGAUGAAAAGCAACAAAGAGGUUGAGGUGUUCCUUCUUGAGGAUGCACCCAAAGGCAAAGAGACUUGA